ACCAUCGCUACCAAUUGGUUCGAAUUGCUUUUUAAAAUGCCAACAUGUGUUUUAGCCUUUGAAUAAAUACAACGCAAGGUGAUUCAUUCCACCAUCACCCUUUUCGCCUCUCUGCUGCUCUCUUCCCUUCUCCUCUUCCUCCUCCUCCUCCUCCUCCGCCUUCCUCCGCCGCUUUAGCCUGCUCCUGGACCUUCUUCCGCUGCCAAAGACCGGAAAGUGCCUCUUCUUCGCUCCCCUUGUUCUGCCUCAGGCUCUCAAGGGGAAUCCUAAAGAGUGAAAGAUGAUUUGCCAAAAGCAAACUCAUUUCCCGGCUUCCCCCCAUACGUGGAAUCUCCCUCCCCACCACCAUAACCAUCGACACCACCACCAGCAACAGCCGGCGUCCGAGCAACAACCGCCUCAUCACCAGCAGAAGCCGGUAUGCACCAACGAGCAGGAGCAACCACCACUGGUCUUUCACUUCCUCUCCGACGCCCUGUCACGCCACCACACCCAAGAGGUCGGCCCCAACCAGUGCUGCUCCACCGCUAUUCAGACGAUCAGGGCCCCCGUCGACAUCGUUUGGUCCGUCGUCCGGCGGUUCGACAAGCCCCAGGUCUACAAGCACUUCAUCCGCAGCUGCUCGCUCAUGAGCGGCGACGGCCGGAAAGUUGGCAGCCUACGCGAGGUCCGCGUCAUCUCCGGCCUCCCCGCCGUGAGCUCCACCGAGCGUCUCGAGCUCCUCGACGACGAGCGGCACGUCAUGAGCUUCAGCGUCGUCGGCGGCGAUCACCGGCUCACCAACUACAGAUCCAUCACCUCUCUCCACCCGAUCCCCUCGGACGACCAGCCCGGCGACGGCGAGUCUUGCCAAGACGCCGCCUCCGGCACAGUGGUCGUCGAGUCCUACGUCGUCGAUGUGCCGCCGGGGAACACCAAGGAAGAUACCUGCGUCUUCGUCGACACGAUCGUCAGAUGCAACCUUCAAUCUCUCGCCCAAAUAGCGGAGAAUAUAUGCAAACGACGCCGACCCUGACAUUCCCCUUCCCUUAGAUUGCUAGAACACCCACAGUUGUAGAAAUAUCUUUCCCUCUUUAUUUCUCCUUCCCUUUUCCCCUUUUUUUAUUUUUGGUUAAAUUUGUUCUCUUUCUCAUGAUCCUGAAAUGAAAUCGUCAGUUCGUUGAUUCUGAACAGAACGUUGCUUUUGUUCUUU